ACCCUUUUUCACUCUCUAUGCUAGGUUGGGAGAGGAAGCUUCAAAAUGCAGUGUACAGAGAAUUGCACAUUUUGCCUCCCCCUGCUCACCAUGCAGCUACCCCUGAGCAUAUGAAAGAGCCACUAGAAUACAUGCGCAGAGCCCAGGCAUGUUGGGAGAAGAGGAUUCUGAAGAGUCUGAACAGCAUGUGUACUGAGUUGGGGGUUCCGUUGGCCCGCAAGCGGCCUGUCGCAGACCAGAGACAUUUAACAAAUAAAUGGAACGAGAUGGGCACUGAUGAACCAGAUCUAAGCAAGUUCAGGCCUGUAUAUGCACCGAAAGAUUUCCUAGAGAUGUUAAUUAGUCUGAAGAACCCCAAUCAUGACUGUAGUGACAGCCUCACAGCCAGGAGCCACUGGGGACUUAUUCAGAUCUCCCUCAACGUCCGUGAUGUCCCACAGAUGAGAGAUGCUUAUCCAGAACUGAGCCUGAAUUGCAACCAACUUGGAAUAGAUGAUCACGCGCACGUCCCCCCAGAUUUGUUUGAAAGUGAACACCUUCGUAUUGGAAAGAAAGUGUUGAGUGAGCAGGACAGUGCAGCUGCUCAGCAGUACAGCAGACAGGGAUGUCCCACUGGCCUCCGAGCUCAGUUAUGGGCUCUGAUCCUCAAUGCCACUAAUGAACCAGAGGACAUCAUGCAUUAUGAGCAACUGAAGGCUGCAGUCAUACAACAUGACCUGCUGGUGGAUAAUCUAAUAUAUAAGGAUGUGAAGCUAACUGCAAGUAAUGAUGACUAUUACUUUGUGUUUGAGGACUUUCUAUAUCAGGUUCUCCUGGGUUUUUCUCGAGACACUGCAGUUUUGGAGCAUUUUAGCUACAAUAGUGCCACUCCUCCCAAAUCCUACAUCCAGGGCAAGACUGGCGCAGAGGAGUUUGCUGUGGUGUAUCCUCCGAAUGGUGUCAUCCCUUUCCAUGGCUUCUCAAUGUAUGUGGCUCCUCUGUGUUUCUUAUACAACGAGCCGUCUAAGCUGUACAGUGUGUUCAGAGAGAUGUAUGUGCGCUACUUCUUCAGACUGCACUCUAUAUCCUCUUCCCCCUCAGGUAUAGUUUCUCUUUGUCUGCAAUUUGAGAGGUUGCUCCAAUCCCAUCUCCCCCAGCUCUUCUAUCAUUUACAAGAGAUCGGGGCCCAACCGUUGCGUAUCGCCUUUAAAUGGAUGGUUCGGGCUUUCUCGGGGUACCUAUCCACUGAUCAACUUUUGUUGCUAUGGGACCGUAUUCUUGGUUACGAGUCCUUAGAGAUAGUGGCAGUUCUGGCGGCUGCUGUCUUCACGUUCCGCGCUGAAAAUCUGAUGGAGGUGACGUCACUGGCCUCAGCUGAGGCUGUCCUUGCUGACCUCUCAACCCUUAAGGUCAUGCCCCUCCUGCAGAUAUUCCUCUUUGCUACAGGCAUAUGAGGAACAUGCCAUGUGACUGUGUAUCAUCUCGAAGGGGUCAGCUGUGUCCAUGAUGACCAAGUCAAUUGUCAAGACUGAUGAUAUAGGUAUAAGUGAG